AACAAGAAGAAAGUGGAACUGAAUCUGAUACAGAAAGUGAUGAAGAAUUUGAAGUAGAAGAGUUAGAAGAAAAACUCUUUGCCUAUUUGGAAAUUGAAAAUGAGUCCAGUGAAUCUCCUAGUGAAGAAGAUGGUUUCAAAACAUCUGUUCAAGAUGGUGGAUUCUUAGAAGAUGACUUGGAAAGGAUAUCUAUUGAAGAAACUUUCAGUAAUGCAGAUGGUCCUGGAGCAUUAUGGAUCCUUGGAAGAUGA